CACCCACCACAUAAAAUACAAUACACUCAUAAUUAUCUUCAUCGUCUUAGUUUUCAACACUUUUUUCUCGCAGGUUUUCUUUGAAUUUAAAAUCCAUGGCUUCCCUCAUCACAAAUGGUGUCUUUUCAAGCUUUUCAUCACAACCCAUCUCAGAAACACCCAAAAUCUCAAAAGGGUCUUCAUCAAAAUUUGAUUUUUCAUUCAUAUCAAACCCCAAUAAUCCAAGAUUCUUGAAACUCAAAGCUCAAUCCAAAACAACACUUGAAGGUAAUUCAAAUUCAUCAUCAUCAGCUGUUAUUGAUACUAAUAAUAAUAAUAAUGAUGACCCACUUCAGAAAUUCCUUAAAAGAGAUUAUAAAUGGGGAUUUAAUCAAGAAAUUGAUUCUUUUACAAUCCCUAAAGGCUUAUCUGAAGAAACUGUUAGGUUGAUUUCUUCAAGAAAAAAUGAACCUGAUUGGAUGCUUGAAUUUAGGCUUAAUGCUUAUCAUAAGUUUUGUCAAAUGACUGAACCUAAUUGGUCUGAUAAUGAUUACCCCAAGAUUGAUUUUCAGAAUAUUUGUUAUUAUUCCGAACCGAAAAAGAAACCGACUUUAAAUAGUCUUGAUGAAGCUGAUCCUGAGCUUAUUAAGUAUUUCGAUAAGUUGGGGAUUCCUUUAAAUGAAAAGAAAAGAUUGGCUAAUGUUGCUGUAGAUGCUGUUCUUGAUAGUGUUUCAAUUGCAACUACUCAUAGGAAAACUUUAGAGAAAUCCGGGGUUAUUUUUUGUUCUAUUUCCGAAGCUGUUAGGGAGUAUCCGGAUUUAGUUAAGAAGUAUUUAGGAAAAGUUGUUUCGAGUGAUGAUAAUUUUUAUGCUGCUUUGAAUUCGGCUGUGUUUAGUGAUGGAUCUUUUGUGUAUAUACCUAAGGACACGAAAUGCCCUAUGCAAAUUUCAACGUAUUUUAGGAUAAAUGCCAUGGAAACGGGUCAGUUUGAGCGUACGCUUAUUGUAGCAGAAGAUAGAAGUUUUGUCGAGUAUUUGGAAGGGUGUACUGCGCCUUCUUAUGACACGAAUCAGCUUCAUGCUGCUGUUGUGGAACUUUAUUGUAAUGAGGAGGCCGAGAUUAAGUACUCGACUGUGCAGAAUUGGUAUGCUGGUGAUGAGAAUGGACUUGGGGGGAUUUUUAAUUUUGUGACGAAACGGGGUCUUUGUGCUGGGAGAAAAUCCAAGAUUUCUUGGACCCAGGUGGAGACAGGGUCUGCGAUCACUUGGAAGUACCCGAGUGUUGUUUUGGAGGGUGAUGAUUCGGUUGGUGAGUUUUAUUCUGUUGCUUUGACUAAUAAUUAUCAACAGGCAGAUACGGGUACAAAGAUGAUUCAUAAGGGGAAGAAUACAAAAAGUAGGAUUAUUUCAAAGGGGAUUUCAGCUGGACAUUCAAGAAAUUGUUAUAGGGGUCUUGUUCAGGUUCAGUCACGAGCCGAAAAUGCUAGAAAUUCGUCUCAGUGUGAUUCGAUGCUUAUUGGUGACAAAGCGGCUGCUAACACUUACCCUUAUAUUCAGGCCAAAAACCCAUCUGCCCGUAUAGAACAUGAAGCAAGCACUUCAAAAAUUGGGGAAGACCAACUUUUUUACUUUCAGCAAAGAGGGAUUGACUAUGAGAGAGCCAUGGCUGCCAUGAUUUCUGGGUUUUGUAGGGAUGUCUUCAACGAGCUUCCUGAUGAAUUUGGUGCUGAAGUGAACCAGUUAAUGAGCUUAAAGCUUGAAAACUCGGUCGGGUAAAGAACAUGCAAAUUCCUCAAAAGGUUUCUACUCUAAUUCCUUUUUAGUGUUAUGAGUGUUCGAGGAGGGCCUUGUAACUCUAAUACGUGUAUAAAUGAAUCAGGUUCUAUACAUGUAAUGUAAUAUAAUGUAAUCCAUAUAAGAACAGUGUAGAAUGGUUUAUAUAUAUUUGGAGUGGAAGCCUUUUCAGGCUUGUUUUAUGACUACUGAAAUAAAAUCUGAUGUAUUUUCUUGUAA